UAAACGUAAAGGUUGGACUUCAAAGUUUUAAAUGUUGCAAAGGGGUUUAAAAUGUUAUAAACAAACGCAUCGUCGACCCACAUGACGAUAAUUAUUUUUUGUAAUCAGUUGAAGGUAUUAAGAAACGGAUUCCGUUAUACAAAUUAUAACUGGCACUUUUCUGUUUUGGUAGGAAAUGAAAUAAUUCUGCACAGAAAAUUAAACAAAAACAAUCAACGGACUGGAUGAAGCAUUGGUGUGAAAAGGAAAGCGGCUAAAAUGGAAUAAUUUCUGACUAGUGGUUAUAGAGCUUUGAAAAUGGGUGUGCUGAGCUGGAUAUUUUUUUACUUUUGGUGCAUCGUGGUCGUGACAUUUGCCAGGCACCAGAAACAGAAGGAGUAUAAAUAUAGAGGGGUGGACUUACUAAGAGCGGAACCAGUGUCACAGAAAGUUCAUGCAGAAGGCAGUCCACAUUUUAAUGUGUGGAAUUUAAAGAACAAUACCAAUAAACAUAUCAUACAAACUAAAUUAAGAAAGUUUUCAAAGAAAGGAAUAAAAGAAUUAACACUAGAAAUUGUAGGGUUUUCAGUGAAGCAUGCAUAUUCUACAUUAUUUGGAAUAUAUUUAAAGCAAAAAAAACUUCCAUUAAUAGAAAUUAAUUUAGAUAUAAGAAAGCGUAAAAUUAUCUUACGUUAUCAAGGAGUGAGAUCGUUUCAAAGAGUCAUUUUAUCAGCACCACAAUUGGACAAUUGGAAAGUGAUGUCAUUUUCUGUCAACCGGACUCAUUUUACUGCUAAUAUUGGAUGUAAGCAUGAGUCAGCAGUCCGGUUACGUCAGAUGGUGAAUACAAUACCAAUGAAGGCGUCGACUGUCCUGGCAAGUGGACAGAGAGGAGAAGAUCCUUUUGUUGGCUCCUUUCUGAAGGCGCACCUUCACCUUGAAUCCCUGCAGAGGGGCCAGCUCAGCUGCUACAACCAAGUGCCUCGUCCAGACUCCAUGAAUCCCAGCUUGGACUACGUGAAUGACGAAGCUAUUAAUGGAGAUAGGAUCCUCCUGUUGGAACAGCAAAUCACACUUCUAAACAAACUGGUGGACAGUCUAAAAUCUCAGAACACGGACCUCAGCAGUCGGGUCAGUGAGCUAGAGGAUACAUGCAACUGUAUAGAAGAGUGUCAGUGGCAGGGACGUGUGUUUGACCUUGGGGAGACCUGGAGUCCAGACAACUGCACUGUCUGCAUAUGUGAGAAUGGAAGACCCGACUGUCUGAUAAGAACAGAUGUGCCGUCCUGCAAAACCCCAUGCCGGAAUAACCCCUGUCUGAACUACGGUGAGUGUGUGGCAACCAACGAGACCCUGUCAGUGGGGGCAGCCAUGUUUGAUGAUGACUUCCUGUGCGUGUGUCAGCCGCCUUAUGAUGGUCAGUACUGUGAGGUGAAGGAGAACCCCUGUGUGUGGCCCCAGAACCCCGGCAUCUGUGACCUCAACCUGCCCCGAUACUACUUUGAUAUGGACCUCCAGGACUGUCUGCUUUUCAACUACACAGGGUGUGGUGGGAAUGUCAACAACUAUGAGACCCUCGAGGAAUGUCGCUCACUGACCCUGAUUGGGGCCUGCUGUUUCCGUAGUUACUCUGUGAAGCCAGCAGACGUCCUGGACAGCACACAGCAAGAGGUGUUUGGAUGCAAGGAGAUCACUCUGUCAGAGUGCCAGACCACGCACCGUCAGCUGGUGGGGGACAAACGUAUCGAGGUGAUCUCCUUCUACCCCAAUGUGACGUGCGCUAGCGCAGGCUGCGGGACGAAGGUGGAACUGCAGUGCACAAUAGACGGCAAGGUGUACCAGGUCGGGGAGAGGGCCUUCCUGGGCUGCCAGGAGUGCACGUGUGAGAGAUCAGGACAGUUUGUCUGCAAUUGUGGUAAGAAGGCAGUAAGGAAGGAGAUUCGGGACAUGACGGCCCCAGAGCUGGCCCAGUUCCAGGCGGCCAUACAGCAGCUGAGACUGGUCGGCCCGGACAACCCCUGGGACGAGUUCCGAGACAUCUACAUGAGGCACACCAUGCACUCCAACGGGGGCCCAUACUUCCUGCCCUGGCACAGGCUGUUCCUGCGUAAACUGGAGCAACGUCUGCAGCAGAUUGACUGCAGUAUCACCCUGCCCUACUACGACUUUACCACCGACAUAGGCAACCUAGAGGAAGCCAUCAUCUGGCAGCCAAACUAUUUUGGUGGGAAUGGAAUCGAAGGAUGUGUGCCGGACCACCAGUUUGGUAUGCCUGGAGCGUGGAGGCCGUGUAUCAAACGUAGGUUCAACAAGGACGUGAAGCUACCCAGCCUGCUGGAGCUGUCCCUGGCCCUGGCCAGUGAGGACUACACAGAGAUGAGCAUGUGUCUGGAGGCCUAUGUCUCGUACAUACACAUGUACAUCGGGGGUGACAUGGCCUCACGGGCGGCACCCUACGACCCUGUGUUCUACUCGAUCCAUGCCUACGUUGACAUGCUGUACUGGUGGUGGCAGCAGAGGGGCAACAACAAGUUCAAGUACCCGCAGAUAUUUGCCAACAUCCCGAUGGUUCCCUUCAAUGUGCCCCCCAGCGCUAUACUCGAUCUGGAGAACGACCUCUGUAUCAGAUACAUAGGGCCUGGGCAAGGAGCUCCCUGUACCCUGACCCCAGAUGAUAACAAGGGGACUGACAGAGGAGACGUAACUCAAGAGGGGGCUGGCUCCUUCCCGGGUGGAUUUAACGCCCUAGGUUAUGAUACCAACGGCUAUGACAGACGAGGAUUUGACAAGAAUGGCUACAGGAAGACAGGUUUCAACAGAGAUGGCUUUAACAUUGACGGCUUUGAUGUGGAUGGAUACAGUCGCUAUGGAUAUGAUCGGGAUGGCUACAGUCGCCAUGGUUACAACAUUGAAGGCUGGAACAGGGAGAAUGUCUCGGAUAUCACUGGCAGAUAUGAUUCAUUCGGAUAUGAUGUGGAAUGCCUAGACAGACGAGGUUACACAAGGGAAGGUCUGGACAGAUAUGGGUACAAUUCGAGGGGUUUCAACAUUGAGCGGUGCAACUUCAACUUCAAGGGUCCCUUUGCCCCCGAUCAGUCGAGCCAGAUCUGGCGCAUCCUGCUGCGCCAACCCAAGAGCUUCUUGAUGACUCUGAGCAGGACGUGUCCUGAGCUCGAACCACUGCCUGUCAACUGGCUGCAACAGUACUGGAUCACUGACAUCAAGGAUGUCACUGAGAUUGUACGUGUGGAGCCCAGCAGGAGUACAGUGAAGAACUCAGCCCGGUUCUGUUUUGACAUUGAUGACUUUGUGACGCCCUGCACAUGUGAGUCAGAUGUGGCCGUGUGCCUGACCAACCCGUGUGUGACCGACACCUGUCCCUCCUACCCUGAGGCCAUGUGCAGAAUAGACUUCUGUGGCACAUGUCGGGCCAGGUGGGUUGUCAACGGGAAAUAUGUCGACUGCUUCGAGAAGAGAGAUUUCUGCCAGCCUAAUCCCUGUGAUAACGGUGGUACGUGUGUUCACUCAAUAUGGCCGACCGAGCCCCAGCUGACCACCUGCCUCUGCCCCCCAGGAUUUGAUGGCCACUACUGUCAGUACACAGCCCUUGAUGUGUGUGAACUGCCUGUCAGUAAUGGAAACUGUGCUGACCAGGAGACUAGAUGGCAUUUUGAUCGCCAGUCCCAGACAUGCAAGCCAUUUGUGUACACUGGUUGUCGCGGCAAUGGCAACAACUUCCCCUCAAAGGGGGCAUGUGAGGCCCUCUGUCGUAGUGGAGCUUGUUGCUAUAGAUACCCCAAGAAAGAUGGCAUUACCAUUGGUUACGAUGGUGAAGGUUAUGACAUGUAUGGGUUUGAUGUGGAUGAUCGCAAUCGCCGUGGUGAUGUGAGACUGGAAUACCUUGGCAUCAAGACUGGUACAGGAAGGUUUGGACCCUCUAGAUACGACUGGCAAGGUUUUGAUCGUAAUGGUUACGACAUUGCUGGCUUUGACCGCUGGGGUUUGGACAAGUCUGGAUUCGGUAGGGACGGAUUCAACCUGACUGGUUACAACAGGGAACGACGGUUUGACGGGAAUGUGGACUAUGACAAAAAUGGAUAUGAUGCGGAAGGUUACAACAGAGCGGGCUAUUCAUGUUCCGGUACAAAUCGUGAGGGUCUUAACGCAUACGACGUGUACACAGAGUUUGUCUACAAGUGUCGCUCAGCGACAUUGGCACAGUGCCAGAUGCUGGAAGAUGGGGUAACAAAGGUCGUCAAGUUCACAAGGGGUCAGCGCUGUGAGGACGUACAGUGUGAGGAGAACUGUGGAUGUCAGUACAACAACAACACCUACAGGUUUGGAGAGGUGUUCAAGGCUGGGUGCCAGUCAUGUACCUGUACUUACACAGGGGCAGUGGAAUGCUCAUGUUCUGAAGUCUACAGGCGCAAGGAAGUACGAGACUUGACAAAGGCAGAACUGGAGAAAUACCAGGCGGCCAUAAAGACACUGACCAAAACUGGGUAUCCCUCCCAGUGGUACAACUUAGGUCAGAUAUACAACAUAUACAAGGCGCAGGCUGUAGGUAACUCAGCCUCGCUCCUGUGGCACCGCUACUUCCUGCGCGAGGUGGAGCGCCACCUACAAGGGAUCGACUGCUCCAUCACCAUCCCAUACUACGACUGGACAGUAAAUGCAGGGGACCAGUUGAGGGCCCGUGUCUGGUCGGCCGGUGUGUUUGGGGGGAAUGGGGAGGGGGUGACGGGCUGUGUGACCUACCACCCUUUCAAGGACUACUACCCCCCUCACUGGGUACCCUGUCUGCUGAGGCAGUUCAAUGCUGACGUGCCUCUACCAGACGUCAUUGACAUACAGAAUGCUCUCAAUGAGCCCGAUUACAAUUCUUUCAGACUUCACAUGGAGGUCUUCCUCACAACUUUUAAAUCUUGGGUGGGAGGCCACAUGGAUUCAGACACUAGUCCAUAUGAUCCUGUGUUUUUAUCCGUAGCUGCUUUUAUUGACCGCAUUUUCUGGGACUGGCAAAACAAGCAUGAGAACAGCCUACUGCGCUACCCAUCUGGGGUGAGGUAUGUUCCCAUGAUGCCUUUCAAGGUCACGCCAGACGAUGUAAUGGACAGUAAGAAGCAGAUGUGUGUAACAUACUUCCCGCUAUCAGAGGGCGGGGCUUGUAACAUUACCCUGCCAAACCUGCAGUACAACUCCAUGGGGUAUGACCGCCAUGGCUUUGAUAGAGAAGGCUUUGACAUUGAAGGGUACAAUGUUUACGGUAUUGAUCGUAAUGGUAAUCCAGACAACAGAGGUAUCUACAAUGAACGUGGUUUUGAUCGUCAGGGUUAUCGGAGGUCUGGAUUUGACUCCAUGGGAAUAGACAGGUUUGGGUAUUCAGAGGAUGAUUACAACAUUGAUGGGUAUAAUUCAAAAGGUUACGACAGGUUCGGAUAUGAUCGAUACGGUUUUGAUCGAAGUGGACAAACACCAUUUGGUUUCCACAGAAACAGAAGUCAGCCAAUAAGCCCCCUGCCAAAUGUGUUUGAUACCUAUGGAUACAACAGGUAUGGUUUGGACAGAUACGGGCUGGACAGACAGAGAUAUGAUAUCCUUGGGUUCAACACUGUGGGAUAUGACCGCAGGAACUGCAACCGCUACUUCCUUGGGCCUAUGAUCAUCAUCAUUAAGCGAUGGGCGGAGAUUGAGGUGGAUAAAGCAGACAACAAAACCAUCCGAGUGAUCACCAGAAUAUGUCCACCACUGCAAGAUCUCCCAGAAUGGAGGUUCACAGUGAACUGGUUGCGUCGUGAUGCCCAGCUGCCCCUGAUAGAGGGUAUUGUAGGCCGGGCCCAGGAACGUGUGCUGGGACGUCUGCCUGUCAUCAGAGAGACCAGCGUAACCACGGACAACCUGUGGCUGCCAUUGGAGCCUGAUAGAAGCCUGUGUUUUGUGACCUACUACUACACUGAAUGUCCUUUUGGUGUUGCCCCUGUGGAAUGUAGCGUGAACCUCUGCCAGGACAGGACAUGCCCUGGCUAUCCGGACGCUGUUUGCCGUGUGACGCGCUGUGGGGAGUGUGGGUACGAGUGGUACAGGGGUCAGAUGGGUGAUCCAGUGACAUGCUCUGGGUGUGUGGACCGCACGGGCGUGGUGCGCAGGGAGGGUACCAGCUGGGCCUCGUCUGACUGUGAAACAUGCUCCUGCCAGGAUGGUCUGGUGUCGUGUUAUGAGACAACCUGCCCCUCUCUGCAGUGCAGCCACCCUGUCAAGAUACCUGGCGUCUGCUGCCUGCAGUGUACAGACUGUGAGUACAAUGGUCUGCUGAAACGUAAUGGGGAGGUGUUCUCACCCACCUCCAACUCAUGUGACCGGUGUACGUGUGUGUCUGGCUCGGUGUCGUGCCGCUACGUGGACUGCCCCACCAUGGGGCCGUGUAGUGCCCAGGUGACCCUAGAGGGAGAGUGCUGCCCCACGUGUCUGGACUGCGGGGACCGAGACCACGGAGAGACCUGGCGGGCCACACCCUGUCAGCAGUGUACAUGCGUUUCUGGCAGGGUGGAGUGUGAGAAGAUAGAGUGCUCUCCCCCUGCCUGUAAGAACCCAUGGACCCCACCAGGCGAGUGCUGUCCCAACUGCUAUGGCUGCUCCAUAGACCAGAGGCAGCUGUCCGAGGGAGAGAGCUACAUGCGAGGCCAGUGUGAGACCUGCAUGUGUGGGUCAGGCACUGUGCGCUGUGCCCCGCCUCCCUGCCCCUUCCAGUCCUGUCCCAAUCCCAUCACACCCCAGGGCCAGUGCUGUCCUAAAUGUGAUAAUGACUGCAAGUAUCUGGGUGUGACAUACCGCCAUAGACAGUCCUUUGAGUCUCCCAGUGACCGAUGCAUGAACUGUACAUGUGAAAACACCAUGGUGCAGUGUAAUCCUGUGAAGUGCCCCCGCCAGGACUUGCCAUGUCGCAAUCCCAUCACUCCACUGGGCCAGUGCUGUCCUACACAGUGCCCCACAUGUAUAGCAGAGGGCCGUGAGUACAUGACAGGUGAGCGGUGGACGUCCCUCCUUGACCCAUGUGAGGUGUGUGUGUGUGAGGAGGGCGUGGCCUCCUGUACCCGGGAGCAGUGCCCGCGGACGUGUGAGCACGGCACUCGCAGACCAGGACAGUGCUGCUCACAGUGCACAGACUGCCUGUAUCUGGGUGUGAAUGUGCGUAAUGGUCAGACGUUUGUGCAGCCCGGAGAUAACUGCCAGCAGUGCACAUGCUCCAGUGGGCAGGUCAUAUGUGUGUCCCUGGGGCCCUGUCCACGACUCCCAUGUAGGGUCACAGAGAAACCUCCCGGGGCCUGCUGUCCACAGUGCGUUCGCUGCAGUUACCAGGGUCGAGACUACAGCCACGGUACAGUCGUGUCCUCUGACAGGUGCUCUACUUGCAGGUGUUCAGACGGUGAGGUGGUAUGUGACAGAGUGCAGUGUGCGCCGCCAGCAUGUAAGAACCCAGUGGUUGAGCCUGGGGAGUGCUGCCCGGUGUGUCGACAGUGUGACUACAAGGGCAGGUCAUAUGAGGACGGACAGCGCUUCACCCCCCUUACAGAGCCUUGUCUCGACUGUGUCUGCUCUGCUGGUGAGGCGCAGUGCUCCAGUCGAGAGAGUGAGUGUCCCCUGGCGCGCUGUACCCACCCUCUGCGCUCACUGACCCAGUGCUGCCCCACAUGUGAGGCUUGUACAUACAUGCGACGACGCUUCCGAAACGGACAGAAGUUUGUACCGCCUGGCAGUGAUAACUGCAAAGUCUGCAGAUGCACUGAUGGUUCAGUGGAAUGCAACACCAUGGGUUGCCCGGCUGUGCAGUGUAACAACGCGGUGCUGGUGAAGGGUCAGUGCUGUCCUGUAUGCCCAAUGGGCUGUAAUGUGAUGGGCAUAGAGUACAGGGAUGGCCAGACCUUCAUAGACUUCAUGGACAGAUGCAGGGUCUGCACAUGUAUGAUGGGUCAGAUUCGCUGCAUGGCUAUGAUGUCCUGUCCGGCAGUCACAUGCACCCACCCUGCCAACCGCCCUGGCAACUGCUGCCCCUCAUGCACCAUGUGUGAGAUGAACAAUGUUCAGUACAAGAAUGGGGAGGUGUUCACCAGCCCUAGCAGUGUGUGUGAGGAAUGCACAUGCAGGGAUGGGUCUGUGAGGUGCGAGAGGAAGGGUGCCAACUGUCCCAAGGUGAACUGUAUCAGCCCUGUCCUUGACCCAGACACAUGCUGUCCCAGAUGUCGGACAGGGUCGUGUACCUACGCAGGUCGCGAGUACACGGCAGGACAGCUGGUUCCUGCCACACGGAGCUCAUGUGAGGAGUGCCGGUGCCUGAACGGGCUGAUAGACUGCGCCCGGGCGGUGUGUCCAAGGGUCACAUGCAGACACCCAGGCAGGGAUGACUGCUGCCCCACAUGUCAAUAUUGUGAGUACAACAGUAUGAGGUUUGAGCUGGGCGAGUUGUUCCCCAGCCCCUCAGACCCCUGUGAGGACUGUGUGUGCAAGGCAGGCUCCGUGGCGUGUAUGCCCCGUGUGUGUGCUGUGCCAGACUGCCCUAAUCACACAUUCCUGCCCAAGUCCUGCUGUCCCGUCUGUCUAGACUGCACAUUGAGAGGUCUGCAGUACACGGAUGGAGAGGACUUCAACAACCCGGCCAGACCAUGUGAGUGGUGCCACUGUAUGGCUGGCAAGGUGGCUUGUGACACCAGAAUGUGUCCAUAGUAACCAGUCUAUAGACUGCUCACUCACAGAACAUUCUGUCAAUAGUGUCCAAUAUCUAAUUAUUGGUGACAGCAGCAAGCGUUCCCCUGCAUUUACAGAUGUCACCCUUUCUUACUAGUAUAUUAAGAUGUAGGCAUCUUGAUACGUUAAGUGUCCCUUGUGAAAAAGUCGGAAGAUUGGCUACAAAUAUUUACAAUAUUCCAUUACAGCUGUUGGAUGAUAUAAAUUAUAAAACAGACUUUGUUAACUAAUAUCACUUUAUAGUGUUUGCAUUUUUGCUAUUCUGUGUUUGAAAGUAAAUGAAAACUCCCAAAACUCUCUGUAAAUAAAAAUUUACACAUUUAAAUGUGUUGCCGUAAAAGAUUGCAGAAGCACUUUAUUUUUUUACUCUUUGAGUACUUACAAGAAUAACUAUGUUCAUUAUGAUUCCAUGCUAUGAUAUUAUUGCACUUGUACCAAUAUGCUGGAAUGGUUUAAUCAUUUCUGUAUUGAUUGUCUGCCAAAAUUAUAUGCCUAUAUCACCCCUGUAUGUAUAGUGAUAAUUUGCCCAUUUAUGUUGUAAACCAUGUAAAUAUAAAUAUAUAUGUGCUAUUGCUAAGUUUAUGAGUGAAUUAAUUAAAAAACUAAGUUUGAUCGCAUAUCAAAUUUAUAUGACAUAUUUGUUCUGUAGAUAUUGACAUUUAGAUUAGCUAUAUAUUGACCAUUAACUGAUCAACAUUGAAACAGAUUGGUUCUCCUUUGUUAUAUCAAUGUCUGCUCUGUGGCUGGAAAGCUUCGGCUCAUAUCUGCCUUAAUUAGUGAAAAGUGAAAUACACUUCUUAGAAUCUGUCCACUUAAAAUAUUUUGUCCUAUUUUUCAUCUGGUGAAGAAUCAAUAGGUGAAACUUUGUUUAAUAUAUCUUAUAUAAAUGAAUAAUGAAACUUUUUUAUAAUCAGUUUAAAACGUUUUUCAAUGAGCUUAGUUGUUUUACCACUUGAGGCCCCAGAGAAGCAGUUAUUCUUAUGGUCAUGAUAUUGAUGUCAGGUUGCCACUACUGAUCAUAACAAUCAUGGUUAUUAUUUGCCUAUAAAAUAUGUGUUAGCUUACAAUUUCACCGAUUAUCAUAAGUUAAUAUGUACCUACAUGGCCAGUGUAACAUACUCAGUGUUAGAGAUUGUAAUUCUUUUGUAUACUUUAUACAUUUGUACUUUUAUAAAUGUCUUUAUUGUA